CGGCGCUCUGUGUGGCCGCGGCCAUGAAGCCGCAGCCGCCGGGCUAGGCCCCGGGCUGCUCUAGCCCAGGGCGGCCCGUGGAGGGCCGAUCCCGGCCCCGGCUCCGGUUCCCGGGCCGGCGGGCGGCUGCUCACCAUGCCGGGCAAGCACCAGCACUUCCAGGAACCCGAGGUCGGCUGCUGCGGGAAAUACUUCCUGUUUGGCUUCAACAUUGUCUUCUGGGUGCUGGGAGCCCUGUUCCUGGCCAUCGGCCUCUGGGCCUGGGGUGAGAAGGGUGUUCUCUCCAACAUCUCUGCACUGACCGAUCUGGGAGGCCUCGACCCUGUGUGGCUGUUUGUAGUGGUUGGAGGCGUCAUGUCGGUGCUGGGCUUUGCCGGCUGCAUCGGGGCCCUCCGGGAGAACACUUUCCUGCUCAAGUUUUUCUCAGUGUUCCUUGGCCUCAUCUUCUUCCUGGAGCUGGCAACAGGGAUCCUGGCCUUCGUAUUCAAGGACUGGAUUCGAGACCAGCUCAAUUUCUUCAUUAACAACAACGUCAAGGCCUAUCGGGACGACAUUGACCUCCAGAACCUCAUUGACUUUGCUCAGGAAUAUUGGUCUUGCUGUGGAGCCCGAGGGCCUAAUGACUGGAACCUCAAUAUCUAUUUCAACUGCACUGACUUGAACCCAAGCCGAGAGCGCUGCGGGGUGCCCUUCUCCUGCUGUGUCAGGGACCCUGCGGAAGAUGUCCUCAACACCCAGUGUGGCUAUGAUGUCCGGCUCAAACUGGAGCUGGAGCAGCAGGGCUCCAUACACACCAAAGGCUGUGUGGGCCAGUUUGAGAAGUGGCUGCAGGACAACCUGAUCGUUGUGGCUGGGGUCUUUGUGGGCAUCGCUCUCCUCCAGAUCUUUGGUAUUUGCCUGGCCCAGAACCUUGUGAGUGACAUCAAGGCAGUGAAGGCCAACUGGAUCAAACAUGAUGAUGGCUACAAACUACUCAAAUAAACAAACCUUGAAAACCACUGGCUUACGCCCACCAUCUCAGAGGUUCCAUGGGCCGCAGGGCCUCAGCCGUGUCAUCCGCCUGGGGCCCCAGCCCGGACCCACCCUGCCAACAUAUUUUCUUGGCCUGGGUAGUAUAUACAUUGAGCCAACCUUUAAAACUUGGCAUAUUUCACGUAAAAGUCCAGAUCCCCAGCAUCUUGUGAAGAAUGGCCAUCUGGCUACAGCGGCUCUUCUGUGGCUUCGUCUCCUGGGACGUGCGCUUCCUGUUCUCUGAGGGACCCACCUGGCCUUUUCUACUCACCCAAGUGUCCUGCCUGCCUGACCCUGGAGGCUGGGAGCUGGCCUCCUCCACCUCUGCAAGUUUUUCCACUGCAAAUGCUGCAAGGCUGCUGUGGGCCAAGCCCGGAUCGAAGCCUGGAGGGUGAAGAAUUGGGGAGGCUGGAGCCUGCCCCGAAGAGGCCACAGCCUGGGAAGGGUCUGGCCCUCCUGGGGGCUAAGAUGGGUGCCAGCGUGCCCAGGAGAGUGGCCGAAGGGUGGGAUGGAGAUCAGGAAGGUUUUGGGCAGGAGGUAGCUGGAAGCCUGAGCUUGUCACCCAUGGGGAUGGGGAGAGCCCUGUUUGAGGGCCAUCGAUGGUAGGACUCCUAGCCUCUCUUGGAAUUCAGUUCAAAAUCUUCCUAGUGGCCUGUAGAGUUGCCUCCUGACCACUAGAGGGCGCGCCUGCACAGCAUUACCUGGGUCUGGCUUUCCUAGGGCAACCCCACCCAGUACAGCCCUGUGCCUGGUGUGUCCACCCUGCUUACUAGUUCUUUGGGUUUCAGGGAAUUUACAAGCUUCUAAAGGAGCAGAGUGGCUCAGAUUGGGGAAGCCUGGCUGCUGUUCUCAGAUCUGCAUAAAGGGGUAUGUGUGGAGUGAGUAUUUGUGAAUCAAAGGAGAGGUUUGGCCUAGUUCCCAGUCUCUUAACUUAGAUGCCCUCAGGGCCGGGUGGGUUAUAAAAAUAAAGUAGGCCUUUGAAUUGUGAGGCCUUUGGGACUUUAAUUUUUCCCACUAUUCCUGGAGAUGGGACAUAGAGUAGAGAGACAUUGCUUUGUGCUGAGAAAUACUUGCAUGAUGAGUCUGAGUCGCUAAGGGCAACUGGCCUUGAGUGACAUCAAGGUGUGGUGGGGACUGUGGCAAACCACAGAUUCCCAUCUGAAAUUGGUGGCUGUCCUUCAGUUUGAGCUAAUGGCUGUACAGCGAGAAUGUAGGUAGGUCUAAUGGGAGAAGUCUGGGGAAGCCAAGAAGCUAGAUUUUUUAUGUGAACUAUCCCAAGUUUUAAGUUGUUUGCAGCUAAUGAGAAAAACCUCUUAAACCCUGCUAGUCAAACAAAAGGUGUGGGGGCCAUCUUUGGCACACACACCCCCACCACCACUAUAGGUCCCUCGGGGACAGUGCCCCAUGGGGGCCCUGGCGAGUCCGAGGUUCAGGAAUGCUGGGAGCUGCUGCAGGUGGGCGGGGUGUGGGCCAGCACCCAUCGUGGCUCCCAGGUGCGGGCUGGGCAGUGUCCGGGGGUCUCCGGGAGACACAGGCUGUGGGCGGGCUCUACAUGCUACAAUAAACGGGGCUCAUGAUAUUG